AUGCAAUUCAGUAGUGGCAGGAAACGGAGAAGCAGAAUUCCAACGUUAGAAGGCACCAAAAAUGGCUGGAAGUAUCCAUACGGUCUGCAAAUGUAUAAGAUUCCUCCUACAGACAACAUAACAUUGGAAGACUUUGAGGAGUUUGCAAUUGACCGAUUGAAAGGUAUUUGCUGCAUCUAACGUUUGCGACGUUGAAAUUCAUUUUUUCUAAAGUAAUUGUCAACUGUAGCUCUCCCAUUUGUCUGAAUCUUGAUCAUUUUAUGAAAAUUUGUCGAUAAGAUACUUCAGGGUAGGUUGACAGAUAUGCUUUACGCCUUUUGCUCUAAGGCAAACCACAAAGGAACCUCAUUCACAUGAGAUGUACAUUUCGAUAUUAACAUUAACAGUGAUAAUAACAUUUUAAAAGAUGUGAAUAAUUUUGUUUCUACUGUUGGUGCUGAAUAUGUUAUUAUUAAUCGUUUUAGUAAUUAUUAUUACUACAAUGAUUUUGAAGAUGAUGACAGUGGUGAUAAUAAUAAUAAUACUAAUAAUAAUAAUACAAAAGUUUAUCACAAUAGUAAUGGUAUUAAUAGUAAUAAUGAUUGCAAUGAUAAUAAUGGUGAUAUAACUGAUCUUAUUCUAGAAAAUUACAUAAUCUGUGCAUUUAUAAUGAGUCUUAAUUAAAAGCAAGUUGAUGAAGUCAUUUUAACUCAUUUUGUUUUGCUUGUGAGCAUAUGGAAAUAUCAUUCAAAUUUUUUCAUAAAGUUCUUAGAGAAGUUGAAACAUUGGGGAUACGUCACAAAAGAGGUUCACAGCAAUAUAAUACUGCCAUGAAGGAAAGCCUUAAAAAGUUCUUACCACAGGAGCAAAAAGCUCACAAGGUAACUGAAACACUCUACUUUCCAGUGGUGUUUGUUCAUCAUUAACAUUACUUGAGAACCUAUUCCUUACAAACAAUAAUCUUUUUCCAAUUUUUUUCUUUUCAUAGAAUCGAGAGGCUCAGGCAACUGUUGCCGAGAGAAGGAAAGAUCACAUUUCUCAUUUUAUUCUACGCCUUGCAUAUUGCAGAUCGUAAGUACUUCUGUGAUACAAUGCAAUUGGAAGUAAAUCUUAAUUUUUGGAAUUUAAACAAACUCAAAUAUAUAUCGAUUUUAUUUCCAGGGAAGAACUUAGACGGUGGUUCUUGUCACAAGAGGUUGAGCUAUUUAGGUAGGUAUCUGAGCUGUACCAAUUAUGCCCAGAAAUUGCUCACAGUAAUGAAAAUGGUAGAUUUGGAAAAAUUUUGUCAAAGUUAAAUCAGCUUGGCUUAUUUUUUGCCAUUUUUGUUAGACAUACAAUGCAAUGACAUUUUCUGGACAUACCUAAAAAAAUUUAUAUCAACCUUUUUUUCUAUGUCAGAUCUCGUUUCAUAGAAAUGGCAAAAUUUGAUCCAAAGGUGGCAGAUGCUUUCCUUCUGGCCAAUGGACUUAAGUAUGAAACUGUAUGUAUUCUGACAUUAAAACUCUUUAGAGUUGUGGUAAAUAAUCUACAUAUUUGUUCUUCUAUUCUGAAAGACAAGUCUUUAGAAAAUUGAUGAUGCGGAAACUUUGGAUCACAAGCAGAAGAUUUGCAAUCAUGAACAUACCUUAUUACAGUUUUUAUACAGUCCUCUUGUCCUCUCGCAUGGUUCCUCAAAACAAAACCUUUAAUUCAGAAGACAUCACAUUAAUCUUAUAUGAGGGUGGUAACUCACUUGUGAUCAUUAGUGCCUCAUUGUUGUUGCCAUUGAGGGAAUUUCAAUAUUUUGAUUCCUUUACAUUGAUCAUCAACUUAUACUCUUCUUUUCUACAGAUUGAUGAAGAAGAGAAAAAUCAAAAGAAAGUAGAGUUGAUGAAUUCAGGUUUCCAUCUUACCAUUGACAAAGUCUUGGCUACUGAAUACUUUAAGGUGAACUUUCUACUCACUCUUUAACAGUUUACCUGCCAUAAAUGACUAUCUUGUUUACAAUUUCUUCUUAAACUGUACAUAUGAUGUGUAAUAAACAGGUGAAAAAAAUCCUCAUACAAAAUUAUUAAGGAAAUCUUUGGAACUUCCUGUGAAAAUUUCUCCACAAGAUAUCUAUCCAAUUGGUAAUGAGAUCGUCUCAACUGAUCACUAAGUAAAUAAAGUAGUAAUCUAUCUUCAUUACUUCCACCUUAAUAAAUUCUCCAUUGAUAAGUGUAGUUUCUUUAUUUCAGGUUCCUUUUACUGAUGCCCUUGACCUUGUGAGAUCUAGGAAGGUUUACUUGGAAAAUGUAAAUAUUCUUUACAAUCAAGAUGCUUAGCAGUAAUUAUCAGGCGAUAUUUUUAUCUGACUUUUUGAUAGUUUUGUGGCCAUUAAAACUUGAAAAGUGUAGGCUGAUAUUCAUUCUCAGAUCUACAUGUGAUAUGAAUGAUAAUGAAUCAGAUGCAAACAUUGCAUCAUUUUCAAUAUUUCUGGAAAUUGGUGGCCAACUUUUGACCAAUAUGUUUAUUGGAUAAGAAUUGUUACUUUUAUGUGUAUUGUGUGACUAAGCCAUUGAAAAGGCUCUAAGAACCCUUUUGGAGGGGUUCUUAGAGCCUUUUCAUGAUCCAAGAAAAAAGGAAGAUGAUAUGAAAAAUAGGAAAAGAUCUUUAAAACUUCCUUGUAGCAUUCAAUUAACUUGGUAUACUGUUUAUGUAAUAAGUCUGAAGAAAAUGCUACAUUUUGAAGGAGUCACACGACAAUAACAGACCAAAUUACAUUACAUUUGUAUCUUUCUUGCAGGGCAAAGCUUUUAUCCCCAGAGAUGACCUUGUCUCUCUUGUCGCAAAUGAAUUUCGGAUGCAGCUGUCUCGUGCAUUGGCUGUGAGUAGUAAAUUAUUACAGUUGUUUUUCUCAGUAGUUGUGAUAGUCUUACUAGUGAUAGGCAUACUGGACUGCUAAACAAUGUCUCAGUUUGAGAAAGUAAGAUACAGUGACUGACUGAAAAUUAAUCUUUUAAAUAUUUCCACUUAAGAUGACUGCAAGAGCAUUACCAUAUCUGGAAGAAGAUGAGAGAUUGUUACCAAAGUUAACAAACCUCAGGUACAUUUUUAAACGAACAUGAUAAAAUACUCUCUGUUCUGCAUUUGCAAGACUCUUGCAUUAUCCAUGAAACUGAGUGGAAGCAAAACACAACUUUUUUUCUUAUCCAAGUGCUUUGGAUGGUUCAGGGGGUUUACAUCAGGUUUCGUAAGAUAAAAACCACUUAAAUGCCACAGUAAAUCAACAGGUAGUAACAUACUUUCUUGUUCAGCCGACAGUAUGUGGGGCAAGAUUACAGCCUCAAGAAAAUAGCAGGAGGCAAAGUUACUUUGGAUCAGAUUGAUGGAGUGAGUUGUGAUUGUAUUUUUGUUUGAACAGACAUUUAAAUUCAUCUGCCAUGACAACACAUAAUACUUGAAAACAGUGAAAAGAAAGACAAUGCCAGAAUAUUUUUUAGAUGAAGUGUAAUACAAACAUGUAUAACUGAAACCAGAGUGAUGAUGACAGCUUAUCAGACUAAAGCUUAACAUUGCCAGGAGCCAAUCAGUACUCAAAGGAAAUAUACAUUACCAAACUCAAGCAUGACAAGGCAUGAGUGACUAUGUCCCAAUUAGUUUUAAUUUUGCAUCUGAUCACUUGAGAAGGUGGCACAGGUUUUAAAGAUAAAUUGCAAAGUGAAGACAGGUAAAAGAGAAUCAAAGCAAUCAAGGUUUACUUAUCACACACCCAAACAUUUCUCUUCACUCUUCCUUUUGACUGAAGCUUGUAUUUCUCAAAUAUCAAGCAACAGGGAUUUACCAAUGCCACUCAACUGCUACAAUGUUCUACAGAAUUGAUCCCAACGUUUUUCUUUUUUCUUUUUUUUUUCGCAGUUGUCAAGGACUUCAUACCCUUUGUGUAUGCGCCAACUUCAUACAGCUCUUAAAGAAAAUCACCAUUUGAAGCAUGGCGGUCGUCUGCAGUAUGGCCUGUUUCUCAAGGUCAGUUGUAAACAUUUACCUUUGUGUUUAAGGCUUAAGACAAAUUUGACUCCUUCACAAGCUGGUUGGGAUAUUAAAUAUUUUUGAGGGUGACAUAUUUAACUUUCUUGGAUGUUUCUUUUCAGGGCAUUGGUCUGAGUUUGGAAGAAGCACUCAUCUUCUGGAGGGCAGAGUUCACAAAACUAAUGGAUGUGGACAAGGUACGAGUGCUAGUUGGAGAACAUUUUGUGACUUGUUCAACUGUUGAGUCAUCAUCUUGUUUUUUUUCUAUCUGGCAACCCCUUUCAAUGUACCUGUGUUUGGGUUAGGAACAGGUUAAUUGGUCAUAAGAGUUAGUUGUUUUUUCAUUGUAGUUUGACAAGCAAUAUGCAUACAACAUCCGUCAUAACUAUGGAAAAGAAGGUAAAAGAGCUGACUACACACCAUACAGCUGCAUGAAGAUUAUCAUGUCCAACCCACCAGGACCUGGAGAUCAUCAUGGUAUGUGUAACUAACUGGUCUGGUUGAUUGAUAGACUGACUCACUCAAUCACUGCUCACUGCCUUGCUUACUUCAUUAAAAAAUUCAGUGAUUAACUGAUUGACUGAUUUGAUAGAUCUAAUGAGGGCUUAAUGAGGAAUUGCUUGUAUUGAUUGUUGAAUUGAUCAAGUUCCUGACUGAUUGACUGUCUGACUAAUUGACUGACUAAAGAGGACACGUUUCUAAAGAAACUGUAGUCCUGUUUCAGUGGGGGAGUAUAACAAGAUAAUUUCGGUAUUACCAAUUGAAUUGGUAAUGUAAAUUGGCCACCAUAAAGAAUUUCAAAGCUGACAUUUUGAGCAUUGGCCCUUUGCCAGAGUAAUUGAGUGACUGACUGAUUGAUAUUUUAUUGGUAAUGUAAAUUGGCCACCAUAAAGAGUUUCAAAGCUGACAUUUUGAGCAUUGGCCCCUGCCAGAGCAAUUGAGUGACUGAUUGAUUGAUAUUUUAUUUCAAUAAUCCAUCAUUGGAGAUAAGCUGAUUCUAUCCUUUGCUGACAGGGUGCCCAUUCAGACACUCAGAUGCUGAUCUGUUGCGUCAGCGGCUAGCAGCAUACAGGGUGCCCAAGAAAGGAGUUGAUGAGGUAACUCAGAAUAUUCUUUGUCACACUGAGAGCAAUGUUUGAUCAGCCCUCUGUACUCAAUUAGCCAAUACUAUUCUAGUCAAGUAACAUUAAGUAACAUUAGGUAACAUCAAGUAACAGUCAGACAAACUUGUGACACGUUUCAGUAGUAAUUUAGCAACUUGAGUUUGUAAACUCUUUUUGCAGUAUGUAAACUUUCUUUGCAGAUAAUGGCAUUUGUGAAAGAGUCUCAUUAUCAACUGGCCUGUACAAGAUAUUAUGAACUGACUCAUGGGGUAGGAUAAACAACUGUUUUCAUAUAAUAUCACAUUGUUACAUUGUAAAUAGUCAUGUUACCAAAUCUAAGAUUAACAGUGUUUUAAGCAAGUGAUAUUUGUACAUGAUAGUGGGAUUGGAUUAAAAGUAUUACAGGUAUCACAAGUACUACAGGUAAUUUGCAUCACACAUUCAUGUUCUCUUGUUACAAAUGAGAUCCUAAUCAGCAUUAGAAGAGUUUUUCUGCAAAACUGCCCUGUGUGUGAUGUAAACUUUACAAAUACUGAAAAUGACCAAUUUAACUGGUAAGAGGGUUUAAAUUGUUGUUUUCCUAUCAAUUGGAUGACCAGGUUAUGGCCGAUUCAGCUAUCAAUCAUCCAAACCAAUACUUUGAUGAGAGCCAUCAGGUCACCCAGAAGGAAAAGGGUGGGGCAUCCAGAAUGGGAAGUGCCACACCUAGUGGAAUACAACAUGGGAGGGUUGCUGUCAAGAAAGAGAUCAACCCUGGUAACAUAGUAAACAUCCCAAACAAUGACCUAGGCGAUUUUCACAUGGAUGAUAACGAUGAUGACAUUCUAGGAGAGAUAGAAAGAAUGGAUACCAUAGCAUAACUGUCAGAAUGAAUCACUGCUGCAAAACAAUAUGACUGUCAUUUAACCAACAUGUGAUCAAUGACCAAUGACCAAUGUGUCAGAUCAAAAAAUAAAAAUAAAUACCUC